CCACCCAUGCGACACUGCCAGCUGGUACUCUACAUAUCCGCAGUAUCUUUUCCCAUAGCCAUGCACGAUUGCUUUAUCACAUCUUUAUCUUCUUCUCCAUCGGGAAUAAAGACUUCGGAGAUCAUGUGUACGCGAAGCAAAAAUUGAGAGAUGUUUAUUGGAAAACCUCGCGUAUAGUAUGCUUGACGUGGGAAAGUGGCCGGUGUUUGCACUUCUUCCUCCUGAGGAACUACGGCUCAUCCGUCAAGCCUGCGUGUUCGGCAGCGCUGCCAAUGAGGCCAUCUAUGUUACAGUCAAUGAUGAGGUGUUUGCACUGGGGACAAACUGCAGUGGCUGUCUGGGACUCGGGGACACACAGAGCACUAUCGAGUCCAGGCGGAUCGACAUCCUGUGCGGCAAAAAAAUAGUGUCUUUGAGCUACGGCACAGGACCACACUUAGUCCUCGCCACAGCAGAUGGAGAGGUUUAUGCCUGGGGUCACAAUGGCUACAGUCAGCUGGGAAAUGGCACAACCAAUCACGGCCUGACCCCUGCCCUGGUCUCCACCAAUCUCAUCAACAAGAGGGUGACGGAGGUGGCCUGCGGCUCUCACCACACCAUAGCUCUCACCACAGAUGGAGAGGUGUACGCCUGGGGCUACAAUAACUCCGGACAGGUGGGCUCGGGUUCAACGGCCAACCAGCCCACCCCGCGCAGGGUCAGCAGCUGCUUGCAGAAUAAGGUGGUGGUCAACAUUGCCUGUGGACAGCUCUGUUCCAUGGCUGUACUUGACAAUGGAGAGACUUACGGCUGGGGUUAUAACUGCAAUGGACAGCUUGGUUUGGGGAACAACGCAAACCAGCAAACCCCCUGCAGAAUUGCUGCCUUACAAGGAACAAACAUUGUACAGGUGGCGUGUGGUUACGCGCACACGCUGGCACUUACAGAUGAAGGAUUUGUUUACUCCUGGGGUGCCAACUCGUAUGGACAGUUGGGUACAGGAAACAAGAGCAACCAGGCCUUGCCCACUCUCAUCAACAUGGACAAAGAGAGAAUGGUGGAGGUUGCCGCGUGUCACACCAGCCACACAUCAGCAGCAAAGACACAGAGCGGUCAGGUACUGAUGUGGGGUCAGUGUCGGGGUCAGGCCGUGGCUUAUCCUCACCUCACGCAUUUCACCAGCACAGAUGACGUCUUUGCCUGCUUCGCGACACCCGCCGUCACCUGGCAUCUCCUGUCUGUGGAUGGAGAUGACUAUCUGACCGUCGCCCAGUCACUAAAGCAAGAGUUCGACAGCCCAGAAAUCUCCGAUCUCAAGUUCCUGGUUGACGGGAAGUGCAUCCACGUGCACAAAGCCCUUCUUAAAAUCAGGUGUGAGCAUUUUCGAGCGUUGCUGAACGAGACCGACGAAGAGACCAUAGAAGUUCAUCAGUUCUCCUAUAUGGUGUACCGCGCCUUCCUGGAGUACCUGUAUACUGAUACCAUCAACCUCCCCCCUGAAGAUGCUAUAGGUCUGUUGGACUUGGCCACAUACUACCGUGAGAGCCGUCUGAAAAGACUGUGUCAGGAGACCAUAAAGAGAGGCAUUACAGAAGAGAACGCUGUAACGCUACUGUCAGCGGCUGUCAAGUAUGAGGCACGGGAACUGGAGGAGUUCUGCUUCAAGUUCUGCGUUAACCACCUGACGGCUGUCACGCAAACGCAGGCCUUCGCCGACAUGGACCACGACCUGCUGAAGAACUUCAUCAGCAAAGCCAGCCGCUACGGGGCCUUCAAAAACUGAGAAGCUGAAGAGGAAAUCUGCACUGGUUUUGCUAUUCCAGGCAUGUUACCUCAGAUACCUCAGCUUUGGAGAAGAUAAGCCAAAUUUCUGCACUUGGCGUAUUUUUGGACCCGGUGACUGUAAACUGCAAAGUAGAUGCGUACUGGAAAUCCACUCCGGAUUCAAAGGACCUGAAGAGCAUCAAAUGCAUGUAAUGAAAGACAUGUACAUUAUAAGUAUGUGAUUUAUAAACAAUAAGGGAAGAUGAGUCUCAUGUAGAUGACGGGUGAAAGGAAUUACUUUCUUGUGAAGAGUUGACAUUCAUUCACAUUAUAUGAUUAUAUGAUGGUUUGGAAGGGUCCAGCCAAACAUAUUGUUCAUACCUACGCCAUCACUUAUUGUUACGAUCACAUAUAUUGACAGAUAGCAAAGAUAAUUGAUUUCAUGUUGAAUCGAUGUUAAAUUGGUUAUUCUCACCAUUAAUGCAACGUUAAUUCAAUUAUCUUUGCUACUGGGUUGUUCUUGACAUAAUGACAGUUAUAAAGCAGCACAACAGAUGAAUUUUUUUUGCGGGGUGUAAAAUGGGACACAAACAUGUCAUUAUUGAUCUGAAUUCAUUUCCAUUUUGCUCUGGCACUAAAAGGACAUCUAAAGGAAUAGUUCACCCACAAAUAAAUAUUUCAGCCACUUGUAUCAUAGAUGCCAAGUCAUUUUUGUUGUUGUUGAGAAAACAAAUAAUUUAAGUCAUUUAUUCAUGAACCUUUUCACCAAUGAGAUUUUGUGAGUUUAAUGAAAUACACAGUCACUAUAAAUUGUAUGAAAAAAGCUGUGUACAAUUUAUUUUGUAUUGUGUUGUCCAUUUUUUUAUUUUUGGGUGAAUUUUUCCUUUACUAAAAUGUCUUAUUAGAGAAGUAUAUCAUGCAUUUGAAUUACUUUGGCGUUAUCCACAAUACAAUGAACGUAACCGAUUAAUGUUUGUUUUUUACUGUAAUGUUACAUUUGAUACAUCUGAUUUUUUUGUCUAGCAGUAUUAUUAUUUUGAACAUGUACAAGGUCAAUAUUUGCGCUUCUGUCUGGUCAUAUUUGUCCAAGCCCUAAAUGACCGUCCACAGUGCCAUUGUUCCUGUGCAGUUGGCAAAUGAUGUCAUCUGGUGGUGUUGACACAAAACUAACCAUGUGCCCAUAUUCUGCUGUUCAUUAACAUUUUAUUGACACAUGAUGACGGGUCGAUGUCAUGAGGCCUGUGAAGAACAUGUCCAUAUUUUAUCUUGGCUUGACAAGAUAAUUGACACGAGUGUUUUACAGUAAUGAUUCAAAAUAAUGACUUAUUGAUGGUUCAUUUAAUGUGAACAAUAAGAAACAUCCGGAUACAUUAGUACACUAUUGGAUUUAAGGGUGAAAUUGACCCGGACAUGUUUUAAUGAGAUUACUGUAACUAAAAGCUUUCUUUGUUUUUUUUAUCCAACCAGUGUAAUCUUGUAAUAGCAUUUUAAAGCACAUUUUUAAUAAAGGGUUUACAGUCAAUUAAAUAAUGUUUAGCGAGGACAACACGGUUGUUUUACAAUGAGACAAUGGUUUUACUUGAAUGACUUAAAGGCAAAUAUAAGAAUGUGUUUUUGAUGGUAAGUUUAUUCACAUUUGUUUACACAGUCAGGGGGUCUUCUGUUCAGUUUAGUCCCAUGCAUAAAUAAAGUCAUAACUGUUAAUCCUGCCUCAUUGCCAGGGGUCUGCUAAAUAUUCUUCAGUUGUUGUGUUUUGUGUGUGAAUUUUAAGUGUUAUUUAACACUUAACACAGUCUUUCAGAAAAGUCAAGAUAACAAACUGCUUUUGUUCCUGUAUAUGCAAAAUGUCAUAUAGCACUUUGAACAUGUAAAUAAAUGUCCUAGACAUGUUUAAAAAGGUGUGCAUACCUGGUG